AGUCUGUUUCUCGUUCUAGUGCAGGCAGAAUUGGCCAGUUAUGCACAGCAGACUGCAGAAGCUCAGCAGCAUAUAAUCAGAGCAGAAGUGAUUUUUCGAGAUACAUCAGGAAUCAUUUAAUCACACAAGGGUUACAUGAUACACAAAUGUUGCCAUUUUUGAAUGUAAAGGAACUGAACCAUGGCUCGGAUUUUGUCACUGGCUUUAAUCACACUUGUGACCCUCGUCUUGGCAGAGGACCAGCAGAAAGCGGAGGAGGACCCGUUCACUUUUGAUUAUUAUCGGCUUCGUGUUGGAGGGCUGAUUGUGGCAGCAGUGUUGUGUCUGAUUGGCAUCACUAUUCUGUUUAGUGGCCACUGCAGAUGUAAAUUUAACCAGGACAAGAGGAGAAGGACAGGAAGUAAUGCAGCCACCCAGCAGAUGCUUAAUGACACAGCAAGAGCCAGUGAAUGUUAAAUGCUUCUACUGAUUCUACUACUAUUCAGUGUCUGUCUGACUGAAGAUGAGAGAACGGAGGAAGUGCUACAGUACUUUGUUCUCUGGAACUGGUGAUUUGAACAUAGAAUAGGCCAUUGACAUAUUAUCUGAUUAUUAAUCACCUGUGUGCUUCUCAUGUGGCUCCAACAUUGUAUUAAAUUACCAGCUCUGUAGUUAUCGUAUUUCUAACAUGUAUACUAAGAGUUUGUGUUGUAAAAAUCUGUUUGUCCUGAUGAUCAGUAGCCACAUGACGAUGCUCCUAACCAAAAAGUACAAGCAAUAUAACCACAGUUUUAUUUCUGUCAAUGUUGAAUUUUGUGAAAUCACUCUAAUAACCACCACUUACGACCACCACUUAAUUCCAUGUCACUGUCUCAUGUAUGAGAAAUAGUUCAUUGGAAACGAUGAUAAUAAAAUAAAUUAAACCAA